AGACAACACAGUUUCGCCAGCCAGCGCCCUGCAUUUGAUGAAUUCCCAUUCCCCAGGCAAGCCGCUUUCAAAGUUCUGAAGAGUGGCGUUAAUAAGUUAUGCAGAAACUUUUCAGAUGGCAGCAUUGGCGCCUGACGAUGUGUGCGAAGAGAUCGAGGCUUUGGAAGCCAUCUAUUUCGACGAGUGUCGGGUCGUAAAAACGUGGGCUCCGCUCCACCUUGAGAUCGCAAUGAAGCCUCGGACGGCGGAGGACCAAAGCUUGCAGUUCGUCCAGACAACCCUUGCUUUCAAGGCCAGUACAAAUUAUCCUGAGCAGCUGCCGGAACUGACACUGGAGAACAGCAAGGGGCUGGGUGACUUCCGGCAGGCGCACUUGCUGCAGGAGCUGCAGAAACUAAUGGAAGAGACGCCCCAGGGCGGCCUUCUCGUGGCAACUGCCGAGGCGGCGUUCGACCUGCUGACGAGCAUGAACCUCCCCGAGGGCGACUGUUGCUUCUGCAUGACCCCGUUUGCGGACAGUGGUGCGGACCGGCAAGAAGACGUCCGACAGCUCAUCAAAUUCACCAAUUGCUUCCACUGCUUCCACAGGCACUGCUGUCUAGACUGGUUCCGCUGGCAGCUCCGCCAGCACGAGGCGUUCCUGUCGGACGUCCGACGUCCGAAGCCCGUGGAGGGGGAUCCCUCUUCCGCUUCCGACGAGUUCGCCCUCCACUGUCCGGUGUGCCGUGCGUCCGUCAACGCCGAAGACAUUGGACGGCUGCGGACGCUGGCCUCAGAUGCAGAAGAGCAGGAAACCCGCGAAGCUGAGCCUGUGGAGACAGCCUUCGUUCCGACGCCGGAAGACCAGGCACGUCAGGGCGCUUUCGCAAAGCUCCUAGAGACGCAGCGCGGGCGGGGGGGACUGAUCGAAGAGAGGGCGGCCACCCCCGGAACGUCGGGCGGCGUGGCGCUCGUCCAUUCGUCGGCGCUUUGGAAGGCGGAGGACGAAGCCCCGGUCACAUCGGGCCGAGACGAAGAGCUCAGUGAGCGGCCGAACUCUGGGGCAAGACGGGACAGUGGUUCAAAUACAGCGUCAGAAGUUGGGGGCGCUUCUACACAAGACGAUGGCCGGGGUCCGAGUAGCCGGAGGGGUGCUCUGGGAGCGGGAGAGGGGUUCCGGGGGGAGGAGGAAAGGCCGACCAGUUCGGGUCGAGGUGGUCGGGGGAAUGAACCGGGGAGGGGUCAGGGGCGGAGGAGUCCAUGUGGACGAGGAAGCCAGCCAGGAAGAGACGAGCGAGGAGAGGGGUGGGACGCUGGCAGCAGUCGAGGCGGGGCAGCAAGGUCGAACCGAGGGGCGGGGAGGCAAUCCGGUAAUGGGAUCAAUGGUCGGGGAGGUCAACCGGGGUCGCGAGGAAGAGGAAGGGGCUUCACCAGGGAUAGGCGGAUGAGCGGGGAAGGGGGAGCUCUGAACGAGGGGGUUAGUGAGCUUUCGGACCGGUUGAGAGAUGUAGGAAGCAGUGGGGCGUCUAUCUUGGGCAGCCCCCCGGUUUUGAGAGGCGACAGAAAAGGCCAGGACUUGAACCAUAGAUUAGAAGACAGGCGCAGCAAUGAGAGAUCGGAAGCGGCAGUAAACGGCUUGUUGGGCGCAGCGCCCACGCCGCAAGCCAGCCGCGGAAAUGUAGACGCGCAAGGUGCAGGCCUUCGGAAUGCAGAGACGAGACAGAGCGAUAGGGGGAAGGUAGACCGGACUACGCAGCAGCGACAAAGAAACCAAGGCAGGCCUUCUGGAAGGGGAAGGGGCUCGACUGUGUCUGCAGCCAAUGGACAACCACCUAAUCCGAGGGUGUGAAGAUUCGAGCAUCCACAUAUGAGCUCCACGGCUACACUUGUAGCAACCACAGUGCCUGAUAGUUGCCACUUGCUGGCAGAAAAGGGAAUUAUGCAUAUUAGAGGCAUACGCAACCCAUGCACUGUUUCUAGCAACUCAAGCAUCCGGUCGAUGCGCAGUACAUAGAACGCCCAUAUGGACGCAACAUAGAAGCAUGUGCUUCCGACGGUGCAGCUAGGAUUUGACCAUGGUUGUCGCUUUUCGAACCACAUGCAGGUGGUUCGAAAAGCG